AUGCCCAAGGGUAGGAAUCAAUCUGAGGGUAAACUCUUGUCAGAUGCGUACAUCGUAUUAUUUUCCGACAAUAUGCGCGACACGAUGUCGGAAUACAUUUCCAGCUACAGCAACUACGUUCCUUUAGUGGGUAGGGUAAAUGACAUGGUUGAGUGUGCAUUCUGGCCUUGGGGUCGAUUCACGUCUCGCGGCAACAUGAGACAUUCACCAAAGCUGUUAUCGGUAAUUAACUGCACGCCAACAGCUCUCCUCAACCAAUACUUUUCAGUUGAAAAUCCUGUACUACUCAAUUCCCAUGAGCCCUCAUUAACCUUCACCAAGUGCACGAAUAUCGAUACUUCCAGUGAUAUUCACGGCUUCCCAUGUGCACAGCUGUCACUCAACCCCGAGACAGCGCUGCGAUCGGCACAUACCGUUUACUCCUACCCAACAUCAGAGAGUGCUCGGACAUAUAAUCCCAGACGAGGUCUGCGAUCAACCUCUGCAGAUCUCUCUACCCUAAUCCAACAUUCUGAAGUCGUGCACAGCCAGCAUCGUGGUCUGCAGAGCCCAAGAACGACGACUUCAUCUUCUACUACCAAAAUGAGUUACUCUUCUUCAGCAGCAAUAACACCGGAGCUUUCUUUAUCCUCUUCUUUUUCUACAAAUGAUACACUACCGACAGCAAUGUCGACACUUUCACUAGAGGAGAAGAGUAGUGAGAGUGCUUCAGAAGUCAUCGACCAGAAAGCCUUACUGAAAAGGCUUCAGGCAAAAUGCCACUCACCGGCUCGUCUGAGGACUGAGGGCUUCAUCACAUCCCCAUGCCCAAAAUCAGACAGCCCUCAAUGGAAGGGGAUUAUCCGCUUGGACCUGUUCAAGCGCACACCCGGUCCCCAUCAUCAUCACCAACAUGGAAAAUCUGGCCAUCGCAAAGCCAGAGGCGCAGUAGUCAUCGACUGCGAAAUGGUGCAAGCAGAAAAGGGCCGGAGAGUCAUCGCCUACCUCGCCGCAGUGGACUUUAUAACCGGUGAAGUCCUCAUCAACAGUUAUGUUGAUCCCCAAAGGAGAAUAUUCAACUGGUGCACCCGCUACAGUGGGAUUACGCUCAAAGCUAUGAAAAAGGCCGUAGCCAACGGCGACACCCUACGAGGGUGGAUGGGAGCGAGGCGCGCCCUAUGGGACUUUAUCGAUAGUGAUACCGUGCUUAUUGGGCACGAUAUUAAGCAUGAUCUCAAUUGCCUGGGGAUAAUACAUCCUAGGAUAGUCGAUUCGACUAUCCUGACAGCGGAAGCUGUGUUUAGACCUAGGUGGGAAACCCAGCGGUUUCGGAGGACUUGGUCGUUGAAGACGCUGUCGUGUGUUUUCCUUGACAGGUUUAUCCAAGGUGGAUCAAAUGGGCACAGCGCGUUGGAAGAUGCAGUUGCCACGAAGGAUGUCGUUAUGUUUUGUCUCGAGCAGCCUGAGUACUUGAAGAUAUGGGCGGAGUUUACGAGAGGAGGAUGGAAUGAUCUGGAUGACUUUGAGACACUGAAAUUUCUUAUAACAGAUAGUGUACAAGUCUCUGAUUACCUCUGA